CUCCAAACGGUUCGCGUACGCUAUAUAGCUUCUAUACCGUAGAAAAUCUAUUUGCGCAAGUGCAAAUAGUAUCGCCAAGACCGAUAGUGAUGUGUGAAAUCCUGUAUUAAUAAUUUUGGAUUAUUUGCAAGAGGUUUUAGGGCGAAAAACUCGAGGAAAUCGGUUGAAUCGUUAAUCAUCAUUUUCCACCCGAUCCUGACGUCUUCAAGCCCGGUCGUCUCGUAGGGGUUAGAUGGCAGUUGAGAGAAAAACUUGAUCUGAGGACUAGACGAACCCAAUCGGAAUUUGAGGUGCGACGUUUGCUCAAAAGGCCGCAGUUUUAUUGGACUUCUAAUUGCUGAUCUCAACACUACGACAAUCUCCAGCAAGCCGAUAACCAAAAACAGCCACUAAAAGACACCACGAACACUCCCGCUAAUAAGGUUAAAAUAGAAGAUAAUAACAAUCAAGAGCCAGAAUCGACACAACAAGACCACAACGAAUCGCCUAACACCAAUAACGCUCAGCAACAAGGAAGCAGAUCCUUGCAGUGUUUGGAAACGCUUGCACAAAAGGCCGGAAUCCACGAUAUCACCCCUGACGAUUGUAAAUUCGAUGUUGCCAAUACCUUGUUGAAUUUGGACAGGGGGCACGAAUUCAUCAAACAGAGCGUAGACGGUCAACUAACGAUCACUAUGAGCGACUUAAACAAACAACAGAUGGAUGCUAAUGCGCAGGCUCAAGCCCAAGCUCAGGCCCAGGCGCAAGCACAAGCACAAGCCCAGGCGCAAGCACAAGCCCAAGCCCAAGCUCAGGCAGUUCAGCAGCAGCAGCUGCAGCAGGUUGCGCUUCAGCAACAACAGGAACAACAACAACAGCAGACUCUAGUGCCUGCGCAGAGCCCGCAUUUGCAACAAGUGACUGUUAAUACGUCGGGUGGACAAUGCGCUGUUACUUCAAUGGGUCCCCCUCAACAUACAGUUUCCAUGCACCAGCAAGUAGCUCAACAAGGCCAGGUGCUACAAACGCAAGGGGCGCAGGUUCUUGCGCAACAAACGGGCAGCACUACUAUUACUACGAUGUCUCCGUUGCAACAGAGCCAAGCUGCGCAUCAGCAACAGCUCAGCGCAGACUGGAGUCACGGCAGAGCAGUACAAGUGAUUCAGCAGCCGAUACAGAACCCGACGUAUCUGCAGCAACUCUACAAUGGACAAGGACAGUUGCUUAUGCCAGGAAAUAUAAGCAAUAUAGCGUUGCAUCCAGGAAUCAAUCCACAAAUUCAGGUUAUAGCGAAGCCAUUCCAAGGAAACCAAUUAGCCCCCCACAUGAUUACAGCUCAAGGAAAGCAAGUGAUUCAAGGUAGCCAAGCCGCAACUUUCCCAGGUUACACAACCUUAGGCCCAACCAUUCCCACGACGCAAAACCAACAAACGCUUGUUUUCAGCCAGUUGGGCGUCAUCAGCUCACAGCCCAAUAUUUUACCUAAUCAUUCCCAAGGCAACGGCCAGGUUGCCCAGCAAAAGCCUCAAGAGAUGCACAAGGUGAUGGGAACACAAAAAGUGCAAAUGCAAAAAGUGGCUAGUAGUACAGGCGCAGUUGCUCAAACACAACAGCAAGGACAGUGUGUACAAGUAUCACAAGCUAUGCUAGGCACUCAGCCGACCGCACAAAUAAUCAGUCCUAUCCAACAGAGUAGUCAGCCUGUUCAGUUUGCCGCCCCGUGGCAGUUCACAGCUGCUGCAAAUGGCUUACAGCAAGUCUGGACGACCAACGGUCUUCAGUCUCAAGCAUUGCAGAUCGGUCCGAAUCCCAUUUUUAUCAGGGGUACCCAAGCUGAUGGUACUCCAGGUCCAGGAAUGUUCAUACAGCAGAAUCCUCAGCCUGCCACCAUUCAGACCCAACAAAACCAAACCAUAGCAACACAAGGAACCGUCCAGCAAAUAGCGAAACCGCGACCUUCCAACGAAAAUAUCCAACCCAAGCAGCAAACAACUAGACCUCUCAACAUACUGCCUUCAAAUGCUGCCAAUAUCAGACCUGCAAGCUCAGUAUCAACGCAAACGAUUGGUGCUCAAACCACUGCUUCCAUAGGUAGCAAACAGGUAGCUAAAAUUCGCACCAAAGCACCACAAAUCCGAACGUCCCCAGCACCAAAAGCAGAUGCAGCUAACCAGACACAAAUUAAACCUUACUCAAACAUCCAACAGCAACAACAACAGCAGCAGCAACAACAACAUCAUAUCAUGGGAAAUAAUGACUUUUCCAGAAUGCUGGUCAUGAACGCCAAUGGUAUGACUACCACCAUGACACCCGGAUCCCCGAUGACCGCCGAAAAAGUUCAACAACUCGCAAACCAAAACAAAACACAGCAGCAACAAGUCAACCCUCAACAACAGCAGACGCAGCAAACCGUGGUGAUGCAGCAAAUGCAACAGCAGCAGCAGCAGCAACAGCAGCAGCAGCAGCAACAGGCUGCCAUGCAACAGUAUCAGCUACAGCAACAGGGACAGGCGAAUCAACAAGGACAGCAGACGCAACAUAUCCAGCCAAAACCGAUGAUGAGUACGUAUUUUCAAACUCUCCCUACCAUCAACUCACAGCAACUCCAGAUGGCCGGUGACAGACCCAUCAUGCCUGUUGUUUCGAUGUCCACGCAGGCCAAUACUCAGCAAGUGCAACAGAUGUCCCAACAAAACCUAGGCACGAUACAACAAGGCCUUCCUCUGCAGUCCAAUCUUGCCGUAACUCAACAACCUAUGCAGAUGAAUAUGCAGCAGUUGCAACAGUUGCAGCAGAUGGCACCGCCAGGAACGAUCAUAGGACAGAUCCAAACAACACCUACCCAACCUACAUCAAUCGCUCAAGUGACUUCAAGCCCCGCGCAAAUCCAACAAAUGCAGACCACUGCUCCACAACAGAUAGCUAUCACUCAGCCUCAGCAAGUACCUUUACCUCCCACGAUAAGCCUACCGAAAGAAGUACCCGCAGAACCCACUACGACCGACAAUACACAAGUGCAGAAUAUUCCUGCCCCUGUGGAAAGUAUCAAAGAACCUAUUGUUGAUGCAACAUCGACGCAACCCGAAAUCAAAGAACCUCCCCCGAUUGCGGAGACCAAGCCCCUCCAGAACGGUGUAGAGCCUACCAUCGUCCAACCGACCCCCAUUCCCGGUACUGUGCCCUCUUCCCAGCCUACCAGCAUCUCGGAGAGUCACCUUCCCGUGGCCGCAACAGCGGAAGAAGUGAAGGAGAGGUGCCCCCCGAAGGCUAUGGUCAAACCGCAAGUUUUGACCCACGUGAUUGAAGAUUUCGUCAUACAGGAAUCGUCCGAGCCAUUCCCAGUUACUAGAAGCAGUUUGUUAGGAGAUGUUAAACCGACCCCGUCUUCCACUGAUAAAGACAGCGAUGAACCUCCAAAAAAGAAAAGAGCGUCGUCUCCCUUCAAUAUCAGUUCGGGAGGGAAGGGAGAUAUGGCGGCUAAAUGUGAAGCUUGCGGAACUGUUGAUCUCAAGGCCAAGUUCAAGAAGAACAAACGGUUUUGUUCUGUCGCCUGCUCUAAAAGUGGAAAAUACAAAGGUGACGACAAAAAGAAAUGGGAUAAGGAUGGAAUGGAAGUUGAUACUGAGUCUGGCGCUUCGGGUGCUGAAAGCAGCCUCUCUCCCAAUGUCGCUGAAGAUGAGACUCCUAAAGUGGAUCCUAUUAAAUGGAGUGUUCAAGAAGUGUUCGACUUUAUCAAGAACCUCCCGGGUUGCUCCGACUACGCGGAGGACUUCCUAAGGGAGGAAAUCGACGGGCAGGCUCUCAUGCUCCUCAAAGAAGACCACCUCAUGACAGCCAUGGCGAUGAAGCUCGGCCCCGCGCUCAAACUGGUCGCUAAAAUAGACGAUAUGAGGAUCGACAAAGAGCCUCCCAAACAGACAUAAGUUUAAUUUUAUUUAGGGGAUGUUGUUAUGCGUUAGACAGGAUUAGAUGGUAUUUCUUAUCUUUCUUAAUUUAUCAAGUAUAAACGUUGAAUACUGUUAUUUGAAGUGUGAAGUUUAAUUUGACUGAUUUUGUCUGUCAAGGUCAACGGAAUCUAUUGUCACUUUUGCUUGAGCGUUUCUCCAUUGCUUUACCGUGAUCAUAUAUGCUUUUCUAUUACUUCCAGAAUGCUAAAAAUGUCGUAUUUAUUAAAUUGAAGAGUGAUGACAGCACGAAUUUCUCGUUCUAGAUAUUUACUAUCUACUUUUAUAUGUUUUGGAUAAGAAAACGGUGUUAAAAAAUAUUUGAACCAUCCUAGAAGAUUUCAGAACUUUGGGAUUGAAAAAGAACAAAGUUUAGCAAACGUAAAGUAUACACACUGUUGUCAGGCGUCAUAAUCUGUCUCUUAAGUCACCUGUCAUUUGAUUGUUGUUACAAUGAAACUGUUCUGUAUCAAUUGCCACCUGUGCAUUAAUCAAUUAAUGACCUAUUUAACUGUUUUAUAUAGUCUCUAUUUGUUUACUAUUAUUUACAUAAGAAGUUAAGUAAAAACUGUGAUUCUGUAUAUAUUUGUGCCUUACUGUAUCCAUUUUUGGACAGAACUCCUCUGUCAAGGAGGUUUGUGAACCAUGAUCUUCCAUGUAUGUUAAACUGUUUGGACAAUUACUGGACAUUGCAGCUCUUCAAUUCUCAUGAAACAGUAAAUAACUGUAAUAGGGUUAUCCUACUAUAUACCCUGUCACCAGAGCCUCGUAUGUUUUCUAGCAGGGUGUACUCGGUUUACUCGUUGUCCCUCUCAUUCAGGUGAUGAUAUUUGGAUCACUUCCUCUUUUAAUUUUAGUAUAGGGCUUUUCAUUCACAGUCACUUGUUUCGAGCUUCUGUUAUAUGUCGUAUAAUCCGUGUAUAUUAAUAUUAUACACAGAUUAUACAAUAUAUGACAAGCUCGAAACAAAUGACAAUCGAUGAAAAGCCCUAUGACCUCUUACAAGAUAUAAUAUAAAAAAUGCAUGCGUGAUCAUUGUGCAGUAAAGACAAUCUUCAAGAAGAAAGAUUUUCUUUAUGCCACAUGAUCAAAAUGGUGCCAAAAGAAACUCGAAUGAAGCAAAUAUAUAUUCAAGAAUGCAAAACUGUGGAACUUUUCUGUAUCUGUAGAGUAGGGAGGGUGAUUCAAGUAUCUCAGCACGUAGGCCACAAUUGAUCCACUGUGCAUCUUCCACGGAGAUGUCGUCCUUAGCUCAUUGUCCAUCCUCGACAAUCAGCUAAGGACGCUUUCUUGCUCGACAGUUUUGUCUUCUCGUUCACACUUCGUGAUAGAUGUGUUCCGUCGAGUUGGUUGAGUUGCGUUUUAAUAACCUUAUUGUCCACGGAAACAAAUAAAUGAAAUUAAAAUAAAUAUAAAAACAACAAACUGUCUGUCAAUAAUAUAUUUAUUUCAAUUGGUAAAAAGAACGUGAAAAUGUCUCGAAAGAGGGUUUAUUAUUUUAGCGAGGGUGUGACCGCACGGAGUGCCCGCUGUGACUUUAUUGAAUUAGACCACAAAAACUAAUCUGUCAUAAUGUGGUUCUACCAUAUGGCCAGACAUGCGAUAAUUUAUUAGAUCUGAAAAGCUGCAAAGGCAUUUUACCUGAAUAGGGAUAUAUUUCGUUUUUUAAAACUUAACAGGCCCUUCUAUGCAUAUGGUUUGUAUAUUAAAUGUGAAUUUUAAAUGGGACGUAUUAUUUCAUUUUGAAAAAGUUAUUAAAAAUUAAAAUUAGCAUUUAAAAAGUAGUAAUUGAAACGUGUCGCCACAGAUGUGUGUUUUUACUAUCCUCAGUGUGUGGAGGUGUUGCUUAGUUGAUAAUGACCAGUUAAAAAACCAACUGCCAAGCGUAGGUUUUUCCUGGCAUUCCCAAGUAUUUCUUUGAUGCUGCCUUUUCUAGGUUCCAUAGUUUAACCUUGACAAGUCUACAUCUUUACCUUCUUCCCAUCCUUCCACGGUUUGAGUAUGGAAGUAACAUUUAUCAAUUUCCUCUGUUGUUGUGGUGAUAUUUUAUGGUCUUCUAGCUGACCAGUGUCACCUAGAAGCGUCACCAAAGCGUAGGUUUUUCCUGGUCAUUCCCAAGUAUUUCUUUGAUGCUGCCUUUUCAAGGUUCCAUAGUGUUACCUUGACAAGUCUACAUCUUUACCUUCUUCCCAUCUUUUCACGGUUUGAGUAUGGAAGUAACAUUUAUCAAUUUCCUCGGUUGUUGUGAUAUAUUAUGGUCUUCUAGAUGACCAGUAUCACCUAGAAGCAUCACCAAAGUGUAGGUUUUUCCUGGUCAUUCCCAAGUAUUUCUUUGAUGCUGACUUUUCAAGGUUCCAUACUGUUACCUUAACAAGUUUGCAUCCUUUGCCUCUUUCCCAUCCUUCCACGGUUUGCGUAUGGAAGUGACAUAAAUUUCCUCGAUUGUUGUGGAGAUAUUUUAUGGUCUUCUAGGUAACUAAUGUCUGAAGUAUUAAUCUUUAUUUUGCUUGUGGUCAAUUCUAUCACAAACUUAAAUCUUUGGCCUAACGUAUCGGAAGUAAGUGACAAUGUUGAAUUUCAAAGUCUUUUUUGUCAAGCAGCUGAAUCUGCUUGACAAAAACGACUAAUAAUUUGAAAAAUUGAAAUUAUUUGAUUUAGUAAGAAAUAUUACUUAUUUAUAAAAUAUAUCUUUAAUUACUCACCUAGUUAUCUAUUAAUAAUUUAAGAAAGUAUGAAAUCUCAUCUAAUCUGUAUAAACACUAGAACGAUUUAAGUUUUUUAUAUAAUAAUUUAAAUAUAUUGUAAAUAGUUUAAUUUAUCGACACUUUUGAGAAGACUGCUGAUGAAAAUCUGUUAAUUAUAUUUGUAUUGUAGACACUUGACGUUCUACGGUCUUCUUUAUUUGAAGUUAUCUUUAGUUUUGAGGUUAUGUUUAAAAGAAACACUAGUAUCUGCUGGUUACGUUAUCAACCAACAUUAUUGGUUAAAAAUUUAACAUUAUGAUUACAAAGUUUUAUUAUUAUGACACCAACAUUGUUUUCAAGUAGUAAAAAGUUAGAAAAAAUAACUUUUCGUUAUCAUUGUUCAAGUAAAAAUAAUGUUUUGCAAAUAAACAAUGCAUAUUGCGCAAAGUUUUAUAUCGGACAAACAGGGAGAAUCUCUUAUAAACGUAUACUUGUUCACGAAAUAUCAUUGACACACCAAAAGCAUAGAGAAAUAAAUAAAUUUUAAAUUUGCAAACAUAAUGGUUACCUAUUUAGACAUCUUUUUCCCCAAAAUUCAUCAAAAUUCGAGUAUAUUAUUUAUAAAAGAUUCUACAAUCAAUAUGCUACAAGUAAACAAUUCUCUAACAAUAUUUUUUCAACUCUGUGAUACGUUGAUAACAUAACCAACAAUUUAAAAUUCUUUUUUUCUUACGAAUAUACGAAAAAAAAAAACGCAAAAUUCGCCUGUAUAUAAUUAGAAAAUGUGUAUUUUAUCUCAUGUUGUGAUAUUUGCUAAUGUUUUUAAAAUAAAUGCUAUUUUGAACGAAAAGGUUAUUUAGAUCUCGAAUUCAAUCGCCCAAAAUGGUUUUAAAUGUUAUACUGCUGUUUCUAUUUAAACCCUUUCAUUUAUACCUUAUUGGUUACUCUCUUUAAGAUAACAAUAUGUUCUAUAUUGAACUCAACACAAAUCUCAACAAAUUUGUGUUUCCCCCAUGUGCUAUUACAAAUAAUUUAUUACAAGUUGCCAACUUUUUGGGAUCCAUUGUAAAAACAUUUAAACGAAAGAAUUAAAACACGUUUUAAUAACGUAGCAAGUAUAAACAAAAAGAGCAAACGUAAGGCUAAACAUAAGAAACCGUUAUUAUUUUCCUAUUAAAUACAUUUUAUGUCAAUCAUUAGCUAUGGAGUGCACAGUGUUGCCAUAUCGUCAAGAUAAUAGGGAAUGGAGGGAAUUAGGAAAUAAUGACAGUAGAUAUCAAUGAGCUGACUGAACCGAUUAUACCUACUACUGUUUCCAGAGUUGAAAUAUGUAUUUUUAUUUAUACACGAAGAUUUGUGUAACAUAAACCAACAUAAAAUAGUAACAGAUAUCUUUACAAUAAAAUAAAAUCCGCAAGGAAAGUAUUUUUCCUGUAAAAUAAGUUAUCAAUUUUUUUUAUUACUGACAGAUCAAAAAUGUUAAAUGGUUCGUUGAAGAAUCAUCUCAAGUCAAAGUUUGGAAUGAUUUAUUUAGCUUCUGUCGUAUCCUUAACUCUUUCAGGGGCGACAGUAUCCGCAAUGUACCAAAAAAAAAUUUACUGAAAUGGACAGUGGUACACAUUUCGUACCGCAUGUACAUUGAUUUUCUCUAAUUCUGCCCAUUUAAGGUAAAAUUUGCUGUAGCAUUUCUUCUCUUGUCUUCCCUUGGUGUCCAUUUCAAUAACCUCUUUGUCCAUCGCCCAUCUGUCAUUCUAGCUAUAGUGCGUCCGCUAUAACUUUUCCCAUGCGGUACGAUUCAUUUUCAUUCAAAUUAAGUCAAAACAUAAAUUGAAACGAACGUCGAUGUGUAUAUACAUUUUGUAUACUGUAUACUAUAUACUACACACAUCGGCGUACGUUUCGCUUUCUGUUUUGACUUAAUUUGAUUGAAAAUGAAUCGUACCGCAUGGGAAAAGUUAUAGCGGACGGACUAUAUGUGUCCUGCCUUCUCCAUUUUAGUCUGGCUAUCCUUUCGAUGACGUCAGUCACUUUGGUUCUUCUCCUGAUCUCGUUCUUUAUUUUGUCUCGCAAAAUAUAGAUCGCUCCAUUUUUCUCUGUUUGUUAGCCGAGGUUUUUGUUAAGGUAAGUGUUUCUUCUCCGUCUGUCAACACUGGGAGGACGCAUUGAUCAAAUAUUCUUCUCUUCAUGCAUUUGGGCAGCUCACUUUUAAAACUUUUUCUCAGCUUUCCUUAUUCUGCCCAAUCAAGACAGAUUCUUCACUUCAGUUCAUGGAUCUGAUUAUCCCCGCCCAUCAUAAUUUCAUAUUCUAGGUAUUUAUAUUAAUCUAUGAGUUCUAUUUCUUGCCCACAAAUACUGAUGUUCUGGUUGGGUACCAAAUUUGUUAUUAUUUUUGCUUUCGAGAUGUUUAUAUUUAAACCUACAUUUUCUGUAGCCUCAACAAGUUUCUGUACCCAUCUCUCUUGCCAUUUCUAGAUCCUCAACUAUUAGGACUAUAUCAACAGCCAAACGUAAGUUUUUUAGAUAUUCUCCAUCUAUUUUUAUUCCUUUUGUCAGCCAAUCCAUAUUUUUAAAACCAUGUUCUGGCAUCGUAUUAAAAAGUUUAGGUGACUUGUGUCUCCUUGUCUAAGCCCCCGCUCUAUAUAAAUAAAAACCUUUUAUUAUUUCUUUAUUCAUCACAUUCUUAACUAUAGCAAAUAUAUGGCAACGCUGUGGGAAAAUGACAACGUCAAAUGAGAUGACGUGGAAUGUAUUUACUAUGAAAAGAUCAAUAUUACAAUACUAAAGCGUACAGUUCCGUCUAAAAAUUAUUCUGUAUUAAAACGAAUCAAUAAAAUUUGAUUUUAGAAAAGUUCUUGUAGUUCCUAAAAGUAAAAUCUAAUUGUUUUACAAUAUUACAAAUAAUAUUUUAUUGACUAUAUUGCAUAUAUUUCUUAAAAAAUAUAAAGAGAGUACCCAAUGAUGAAUACUGUUAAUAAAUUCUUGUAAAUAUUUGUACAUUCGACAUUUUAUAUUAAAAUGGUUAUUUGUAGUUUGUAACUUUGUACAGAGAAAAUAUAUACCUAGGUUUAUAUUAGCAAAUAUCUUUGAUGUGAUCAAAGUAUUCGCAUUUUCAAUAGAAAAUCGCCGGAAAUUGGAUACAUAUUUAUUUACUUCAAUUCGUUGUGCAAUUUUCCAAAUUCUUGUAAGUUUCUAAUGUAGAAUAAUUUGAUAUUUGUUACUAUACUGCCACUAAUGAUAAUAAAUUUGUAAUUUGUA